AUGCCGCCAAGGCGUUCACAUCACAAAUCUCGUCACGGCUGCAUAACGUGCAAGCGGAGGCGAGUGAAGUGUGACGAGAGUGGGCCACCAUGUACCAACUGCAAGGCCAGGGAUACUGAGUGUCAGUAUGCGUUUGUCUCUUCAUCCCCUGGCAAAGGCACAUCACCCUACAGCCUGCCGGCGGUGUCCGACAGGUCCAGUCCUAGUUCCAGUGUGGGCAGAUCGACACCGACAGAGCUGCAGCUCUUGCAUAGAUGGUCGACCGUCACAUACCUCUCCAUAGGUACCGAGAUCGCCGAUGAUUGGACGAUAUGGCAGCGGACGGUGCCCGAGGUUGCUAUGAACUAUGAGUGCCUGAUGCAUACUAUCUUUGCGAUUACCGCUUUUGAGAUGGCGCAUUCGAUCCCUGACGAUGCUCUCAAGUGGACGAGUACGGCGUUGGAGUACCAAGGACUCGCCUUUCGGAACUUCCGCGACCACCUUCAGGAGAUGACUGAAGAUGAUCAUGAUGCUAUGCUAUACUGCUCGAUCUUAUUGAUGGUCCUCGCCCUUGCAUCGGCCACGAGUGCAGUCCUCAACGGCUCUGGUCGAGAAAGUACCAUCGACCAUACCAUUUCUCACCAUGAGCUGGUCAGAGGGACGAGUCUCGUCAUGCUUAAGAAACCAGACUGUCAUCUAACACAUCCUUUGUGGAGGAAGGUACCUCCGUUCCUGGAACUUGAAAAGGCUCCACUAGCACCGGACUUGGACGGGGUCAUAAACAAACUGACGGAACUGAACAACUUCCGUGCAGCCGACCCAUCUCAACAAAAGACAUACGUCGGUUGCAAGACCGCCAUAGCCUGGCUCAAAUAUCUCUACCAAACAUGUCUGGACAUGAAGCUGAGAACUUUCAGUCUUGCUUGGAUGACUUGCGCCGGCGUCGAUUACACCAUCGCAGUCAGAGAGCAGGACCACGUCGCCUUGCUGGCGCUCAUGUGCUGGGGUGUGCUGAUGGCUCCACUUGGUGAUGAGUUCUGGUACGGCAAGGGCUUUGGUCAGAGUGUUGUCAGCGAAGUUGCGAAUACCUUGAGGAACGAGCCUGAGGCGAUGGAUAUCAUCAAUUGGGCUGAGCAGCAGUCCCAGGUCAUCAACAUCAAGCAGAUCAGCCCUGACUCUGCUGUCGGGAUUACGGAUUGA